CCAACAAAUACCGGAAUUUUCUCGUUCCAAUUUAACUGUGCUUUUGCGAUUUUUCGGUUGCGGUUGGUUUUGCGUCCAAACCGCGCGAUUGAGGUUGUUUUUUUUUCAAUUAAAUGUGUUUAUUCAUGAUGACUUGGUAUUCUUUGAAGCGAAAGCUUGUCUGUCUAGAUAAGUUUCAGGCAUAUUUGAAAAAUAGGAUUGCAAAGUUAGUUCCGCUGAGUUGUUCGUUUGGUUCGUACCUUUCAAAAUUGUGUUAAUUUAAACUGAUUCAAAGAUGAUUCGGGUCGGCAGUUCCUUUGUAAGGAGUAAUGGCCAGUGCAACUAUUUAGUUCGACUAUUUGCAACCCAGGUUGCUUCCGCCCCUGUUGCGGAUACACAAUUUCAACAAGAGUGGAAUAUGGCACUACCAUUCGAGAAGCUACCGGGACCAUCGCGGCUAACACUGUUAAAAGAUAUUUUACCUGGAGGAAAAUUUCGAACUCUCGAAAUGACGGAAGUACUGGAACAGUACCGUCAGGAGUAUGGAGAAAUUUAUAAACUACCUGGAAUGUUUGAUAAACCUGACAUGGCGCUUGUUUUUGAUCCAAAAGAUUUCGAAGCAGUUUAUCGUACAGAAGGCGUUUGGCCUGUUCGUCCUGGUUUGGAGACCAUCACACAUUACAGAAAGAAGGUUCGACCGGAUAUAUUCUUCAGCGGGGGACUGGCAAUUGAGCAAGGCAAAGAAUGGGCUGAAUUCAGGACAGCCGUGAAUCCGGUGAUGAUGCAACCCAAAAUUGUGAAACUAUAUGUUCCACAAAUCGACAAAUUUGUGGACGAAUUUAUGGUUAGAAUGAAGAAAAUUCGAGAUCCGAGCACAUACGAACUACCUGAAAAUUUCGAGGAUGAAUUGAAUAGGUGGUCAUUGGAGGCAAUUUGCAUAAUAGCUCUGGAUACACGUCUCGGAAUUAUGGGAAAUUUGGAUAAAAAUAGUAAAGAACAGGAAUUUAUAAACGCUGUGAAAAGAUUCUUUUAUUUGCUUACUGUACUCGACUUAAAACCAUCUAUGUGGAAAGUAUUUCCUACUGCAGACUUCAAGGAAAUGAUGCACGUUUCAGAUGUUAUAACAAACUUCAGUUACCAUCAUGUGGAUGAAGCUAGGAAACGUUUGGAAUCCAAAACCAAUAUGCAAAGUGAGAAAGAACAAAGCGUCCUUGAGAAGCUUAUUAAAAUCAAUCCAAAAGUGGCCACAGUCAUGGCUACGGAUAUGGUCGUAGCAGGCGUGGAUACAACGAGUUCGGCUGUCACUAGCGUCUUAUACAAUCUGGCAAAGAAUCCUGAUAAGCAAGAACUCCUCCGUAAUGAGUUACGAAAAAUUCUUCCCGAAAAGGACAGUCCUCUGACUCCACAAAACAUGUCCAAUUUACCAUACCUUCGAGCAUGCUUUAAGGAAGCAAUGAGAAUCUUACCUGUGGUGGAUGGUAACUUCCGCGAGACUGGAAAAGAUUUGGUUUUGAGGGGUUACAGGAUACCUAAAGGUACACCAGUGGGAUUGCAAUCUGCAUUUAUUCAAGUGGACGAUAAACUAUAUACAAACGCGAAAAAGUUCAUUCCCGAACGAUGGCUUAAAAAUCAGGAAUCUGAGCUUAGCAAGGAAGCGAAAAGUGUGAGUCCAUUCACAUUUCUUCCAUUCGGAUUUGGACCAAGAAUGUGUAUUGGACGGCGCUUUGCUGAACUCGAGAUAGAGGUAUUUGUUUCGAAGCUUGUCCGGAACUUUUAUAUUGAAUGGGAUAGACCAGAUUUGAAGUUUAAAAGAGCUGCGAUAAACAUUCCUGAUGGAAAGCUUCAAUUUAAAAUCAAGGAUGUGGAAAAUUAGAUUGAAAUGUUGUCAUCGUUAACAAAAUAGUUUGCUAUUUCUUCAAGGCCUUACUCGACAUUUUCAUUGAGGGGGGCCACAACAUACAGCAACGGAGUUUAGUAAUUUGGGAGAUAAAAUAAGGUCUUCUUUAUUUUUAUUUGAACCACUGAUACAACAGUUAUUAUUAUGGUGGAUACUAGGGAAAUUGUUAUUCUUAUAAUUAAUGUGAGGAUUUGUCAACUUAUAAGUCUUCAUUGUACCAUUGUCACUAGUUUUUGAGAUUUAUUUUAGUAAAUUUUUAUCCAUGUUUUGUGAUACGUUUUUCCCAAGAAAAGUUUAUAUUUUUUCUUUGUAGUUCAAAACUUAUCAAAACAAAACAAAUGAAAUAUGGUUAAAUGUAACAGAUAAACAGAUAACAAUAAACUAUAACAGGGGC